ACACGAAACGGCCCAUAGUUACUUCUGUAUAUAUUUCCGUUGAUUCUGAAUCAAAUUAUUCUGUUAUUCAUGUUCUUGAAAUUCCGGUAACCCUAAAUCCUAAUUUGCCCGGCGAUUCAAGACUCAUUCCUUUCGAAUUAGUGAAAAUUAAUCGCAUCGAAGCGGUUAUUCCGAAGAGUUUACGCUUAAUCAAACCGGUAUUCGUCGUCGACAAAGGUAUUGGCAUAGUUUAUCCGGAAAAGAUGAUGAAAAGAGUGUCGCUUCAUGGCUCAUCUCGAUUCUACGAAUAUCCCAGGAAAAAGAGGGCUGUUGCGAUUAUGGAAAAGGUAGAUGCUGUUGCUUACCCACAUAAUAAUAAUACGGGUGAAAAAUAUAUGCAUUAUUCUGUCACUAAUUGUACAGAUCAAUUGUAUGAAUCGAGGAAGGAGAAAUUUAGUGAUGUUACAACGCAUGUUCCUGAAACCAUUGAAGAACCAGAUCCUUGCUUUGAAGAUGAUGAUUCCCUUCACAGUGAUGCAGAGUAUGUUGAAGAUUUCGAUGAAAUUCAAAGUCAUAUGUUAGCUGGUCCAUACCAAAGUGAAGAAGAUACCCUUUGCAUUGUUGCAGAAUCACUAGAUGUUGAAGACCUCUCUAAAGAGGCUGUAGCAGAAAGGAUUCAUAGGGCCAGUGUAGGAGGCUUGCAUGCCUUGCUUUCAAUGGCUAAAUAUGAUGCUAGUAUUGGAUAUCUCAGGUGUGCUUAGAGCUCACACUUGCCAUGCCAUGGCCAGAACAAAACAUGAACUUGCUUAAAAGCUGCAGGCACAACCCUCAUAUGGAUGAUCUUCUAAACAUUAUUCAGAUAAUGGUAGUCUAUUUUAUUUAUGCAUUUAAUUAUUUGCAUGACAUGUGUGGAUUAUCUUAUGGAACUUGAAUACCCUAUCCCACCAGUUGAAAAGCAAGUUAUGACCGAGUGUUACAAUAGGUGUUAAUUCUAGGUUAGUUUUUUUUUUAAAUGCCAAUAUAAAAUUUUAUUGAUGAGAAAAGGGCGUAAGGUAUGCCAAGUAGGUGCAGAUUGCAAAGCAACCAACCCCAUUACAAUUUCAAAUUCCUACAACCUGAAACUUAACAACAAUAACCCCUCUACUAAUAAACUGUAUGCUAUCAGAAAAUACAGAUCAACAGAGAUGCAAAACUAAAAUAAGCAGAUUAACAUAAAAUAGAUAUGAAGCACCUAAUACCCACAGCUACUCCAAGCUUGAAUUCAUUAAAAAAUAAAAUAAAAUAAAAUAGAUAUCUUGAUUGUCUCAGUACAGCACCACCGUACCCCAAUCUGCUAUUAGAAACUCCUAAGCAACUCUAUGGGUAUAAAACCAACUCUAUGGGUAUAAAAUCCAUUGAUUGAUAGGAUAGUUAAAACCAAGCACCUUGCUAUAUGACCACUUUUAAGACAGCAGGUGAAUGUCUUCUGCAGAUCCAUUGUGUUCCUAAAUGUUGUUUCGUUACAGCCUUUCCAUAUUAUUCAAAUGUUAGCAAACCAAAUAACAAUGAACCUCUAUAUAAUUACCCUUCCGGUAUCAAUCAGACCCCUAAAUUGGAAAAAAUUCAAGCUUGAACUUUAAUUUACUUUUGAAAUAGAGCAGUUUUAGUUAUUGAUCUUAUUGAGGGUAGAUUCUUUUUAAUGUUUUUUUGUGUCUAAUUGAUUUUGUUGUUUAUAUGGUGUUGGGUUUAUGGGUACAUCUACUAAUUUUGAAUUAAUUGGGUUGAUACCGUGCUAGUUUUGCAGCAUGCUACCUUAGCAGAGACAUGUAACUGUCAAUGUUUUUGUAAUUUUAGCAUGUAGUCUUGAUAUUUAUGUACAACCUUGUCUUUGGCAAUUCAAAAGCUUAAUUAGCUAUACAAUUUGGUUCAAUGCAUUUAGGUCAUCCUUGCUGUUGACUAUGUUUCUUUGACUAUUUUACUGUGACUACUGCUGAGCUAAUCAAGUUUUGGACUUUGAUAUCAAUAGGCCUGUGGAAAAGAAGUACGUGGAAAGAUGAUACCAACAAAUAAUUAUGAUGCAUAUCGAUUUGUCCCCCUAUAUAUAUAUAUAUAUAUAUAUGUGUGUGUGUGUGUGUGUGUGUGUGUGAAGUGUUGCUUACUCUUAUUACUGCUCAGCUAAAAUCAAGAUUGAUUUUAGCUAAUCAAGUUUUGGACUUUGAUAUCAA